UUCGACCUACAAUUCAAUCGAUCAAUAAACCUAUGAGCUGAUCACAACAAACAAAAAAUCGAAAACCAGAAAUCGUUGCUUCGAGGAAGAAGAAGAAGUCCGUCAACUACAACAUCGAAAACUAAAUCUGAAUAAGGAAUAUGGAUGUUAGAACAGUGAUUCUUUUUUACAAUGGAACUUGGGUUGACAAAACAACAUACGUUGAUUAUGAAGUCGAAGGUAUACUAAUUCCAACAGAUUGUUCACAUUAUGAGCUUUCUCACAUAGUAUACGAAGCUUUGAAUUUGGACAGAAACAAAUAUACGAUUGAUCUUCAAUUUCAAGUAACUGAAGGCAUACCACCAAUAAGAAUCAAAGACGAUAGUGGAUGCAAGUUUUAUGAACAAAUACGAAGGAAAAAUGAUGAUGAGACCAAAUAUCCUAUCUGUGUUAACAUCUCAACAUCCACAACCGACAAUGAACACAAUGAUAGAGUAAACUAUACCUACAAUGGGGAAACUAGUUUACAAACAAGGCAACUGCUACCAACAAGAACAGAAUAUGCAACAAAGAUGGCAGAUUAUGUGAUUGAACAAACUCAAAUAUCGAUGGAAGAAAGCUCCGAAGAAAAUCAAAUAAUUUUAAAUCCUCAAGUUGCUGAAAUACACAUUGGCCAAGUUUUUGCAAACAAGGAAACCCUCCAACAAGCAGUAAGCCUUCACUCAAUAAGAUACAAUCAACCUUUCAAGGUAAAAAGAUCAUCAAAACUAGACUAUAAACUAGUCUGUAUUGAUGAUAACUGCAACUGGACAUUCUUAGCAUCAAAACAUGGAAAGACUGACAUGUUUAUCAUAAGAAAAAUAGAGCAUACUCAUACAUGUUCAUUGGACAUCACUUCUGGAGACCAUCCUCAAGCUACAAGCAACCUGGUUGGAAAGGUUAUAAAAAACAAGUUUGUAAACCCAAAAAGAGAUUACACUCCAACAGAAAUUGUGGAUGACAUGGCAGAUGAUUACAGUGUCUCUAUAUCUUACCAAAAAGCAUGGAGAGCUAGAGAAAAGGCAAUUGUGGAUGCUCGUCGCUGCCCACAAGAAUCAUACAGUGAGAUACCAUCAAUUUUAUACAUGAUGCAAAUAUCAAACCUAGGUAAUAAAAUACUUCGUCAACAUAAAGUACUAAUAUGCUAUAUAGGAAUUUAUACUAUAAACUAAUUGGUUACUUUUGAAACAGGAACAAUCACAGACCUA